CCACCCCACCAACCCAAAUAGACACACACAUGGAUUCAUGGAUGGAUGAACAGUAGAGAGAGAGAAGGAUGGAUGAAUGGAUGAGAAAGGGGAGGAUUUAGAAGAUAAUUAUGCAUGAAAUGAACUUAUUUCUUAAUUUGGUGUUGUGUUGGAAACUAAGUUCUUGAUAGGUUGGAGAGAGAACUCCUCCUCCACUUGUCUGCUCAUUAAAGGACAUUUAAGCUGAGGAAGAGACUGAGUAGGGUAGAUGUCCGAGAGACGUUUUGGAGACUCUUAGACCUAAACCUGUUUUAGUUUUACCACGCUCCUCAACAGAAUCCGGUUCGUUUGACUGAAUCAAAAGAACCUUCUCCUGCUUCCUGCCUGCUUCAGAGCUCUGCUGGCUUUGCUGAUGAUGAAGUGGUUCCUGUUCCUCGCUGCUUUCCUUCCCAUCACUCCCACUAUGGCUGAGGUGGUGAACUCGGUGUCUAAUUGCUCUGAGUUUCUUCUUGAGGGAAGUCCUCCUCAGAUCCCAGGUAUCAUAGAGAACGGUGUCAUUAAGGACCAGAACCGAUACAAACUCAUCUGCCAGACUUUCAACAACAAGAGAAGGUUUUUGACUGUCUACGACACCACAAACAAGAUUCCAGUGUUUUCUGCAUACAAGUUUAAAAAGAUAACAGCUGAGGAAAGACCGAACAUACCUUGGAUGAUCAAGUCACAGCUUUCAGGGGACGCAGAGAUAAACAUGAAGAACUACAAACCAACGAAAGAUGACAAGCAAGCCACUGACGGUUGUUAUAAACAAAACAACCAAGGCUAUGAUAGGGGUCAUUUAUAUCCAGUUUUUCAUGGACCUGAGGUUGAUGACAAAAAAUCAACAUACACCCUGACUAAUGUUGUUCCACAAGCAAAGAACUUUAACAGAGGCAGAUGGAGAGUCAUGGAGGCCCGUGUUAAAAAUCUGAUGGAAAAAUACUGUAUCAAUAACAGUGUCAUUGAAGGAUUUGUAGUGGUUGGAGCACUGCCCAGUGCUGACAAGUUUCUUCUCAGAGGAAAGGUAAAUAUUCCUGACAAGCUCUGGUCAGCAUUUUGCUGUUAUAGUUCCACCAAGAAUAAGUGGCUUGCAGGUGCUCACUGGGACAAGAACACUAAUGAAUCUGAAGGAUGUCUCCCCAUAAAGAGGGGGGAACUGAGUUCAGUGAGGGAACUGAACCAAGAACUGAACAAAGAACUGAAAACGACGUCCGUUAAUGUGUUUCCUGGACAAAACGAAUGUCUCAACAACGAUGAGUUAGUUAAAACAUUUGGGAAAAGACCAAAAGAAAUAAAGAAAGAAGAAAAUAAAGGAGGCAAGAGAAGAAAGAUAGGUAGAUAG